UGCGUCUUAGCGGCGGAACCCCCAUGCAUGCAGCACCAAGGAUCCGGUAAUUAAAACAACGAAGAUGCGGAAAAGUGUUAAGACACGGGUUAAGCCAGACCUACCGGAGCCUUUGUGACCGGGCGGUGUGACGGCUGCAGACACCGGCCGGUGUUGCUGUUAGUGGGUUAAACCGGUGCCCUCUGCUGCUGUUGUUUACCUGCCGAGACUCCAGAGAGGCUGCACAAACUCCUGGAGCUAUCCAAGUGCAUGCUCCUUAAAAGAGCAAGUCAACAUGCCUUCGAAGGGGCUCAGUAAAAAAGAGCGAAGGAAACUGUACAAAUCACUAGCUGGGGAGCUGGUGAUCAUGGCCGGGACCGUCAUGCUGGCCUACUACUUCGAGUACACCGACACCUUCAGCGUGCACGUGCAGGGCUUCUUCUGCUACGACACCACCUACACCAAACCCUACCUGGGACCGGAGGACAGCAGCGCCGUCCCGCCCGUCCUGCUCUACGCCGUGGUGGCCGGGCUGCCCACGCUGCUGAUUACAAUAACAGAGACUGUGCUGUUCCUGGUCCAGUACACAUCCAAAGAGUUCGACCGGUCAGAGAAGACGGUGGCCACUGGGGACUGCUGUUACCUCAACCCAUUGGUGCGCAGGACCUUCCGCUUCCUUGGAGUCUACACCUUUGGCCUCUUCACGGUUGACAUCUUUGUCAACGCAGGCCAGGUUGUGACAGGUAACCUCGCCCCCUACUUCCUGACGGUCUGUAAGCCAAACUACACGGCACUGGGCUGCCAGCAGGCGCUGCGCUACAUCAGCCACCAAGAGGCCUGCACGGGGAACCAGGAUGACAUCCUGCGGGCCCGUAAAACCUUCCCAUCCAAGGAGGCCGCACUCAGUGUUUACGCUGCGCUCUACCUGGCUAUGUACGUGACUUGCACGGUGCAGGCGAAGGGCACUCGUCUGGCCAAACCGGUGCUGUCUCUCGGGCUCAUGUGUCUGGCCUUCCUCACCGGUCUGAACCGUGUGGCUGAAUACCGCAACCACUGGUCGGACGUCAUCGCUGGCUUUAUCAUCGGCACAGCCAUUGCCACUUUCCUGGUGGUGUGCGUGGUCCACAACUUCAAAGGCAAGUUACUGCUGAGCGAGGAGUCACCAGCGGAGCAGCGGCCCAACACAGCCAUGCUGAACAUGGGCCGAGUGGAGAGUCCUCUGGAGAAGUACAUCGCCUCACAGAAUCACAUCGCCUUCGCUGAGGUCACAUGACGUGGAGUCAGCCGUGUGGCAGACCCAUUGGACGUCCACGCUCUUCACCGUCCAAUCCAAUUAACUGGAGUGCAGCGCUAAACCCAUUAUCUAUGUGUGUCUGGUCUGCGGUAUGUUGUUCUUUGUUGUCUUUACCAAGCCCAUGUCAUCAUUUGCAGCUUCUUGUAUCUAAGGGGGAAAAAAAAUUAAAAAAGAAGAGCCAGUAACUCAGCAGGACAGACUGCUUCUGCGUUCUCCAUCUAUGCACUUACUCAGAAUCCUUGACAGAAUCCAACUUGUUAUGAGGCGAACCCUUGAAUGGACUUGUUGCACCCUGUUGGACACUAGAACAAGUGAAGAGCAAAAUGCACCAUCUCAACUCUGCGUAGGUCAAAUAUUUUCUCACAGUUUGGUUAUUUUGUGUGUGAAACAGCAUUGUUCCAAUAAGAUGGCUGUUGGGAAAACUAUCUGGUCAGUAAUUUGAGUGAGCAAUUUCCUCCUUUCAACUUUAUUGCUGUUAUCACAUCACCUUUGCAACAUUCAGACAACUGCUGUGGGCCCAUAUUUAUCAAACUAAUUAGAAUAAAAUUGUGGACAUACAUGAAAAACAAAGCUAAUAAUUCUUAACUUACAAUUCUCCCUAAAUUUAAGAGAGCCUCAGAGGUCUCUUGAUUUGCUUUAGAGCAUCACCUUAGUGUCCUAGAGAUAGUACUGAAUCUGAAUUUGGACUGAAUCUCAGUGCAGACUGAGUUUAGCUUGUGGAGGCAAAAUUAAUCAGAACAGGCAUUUCAUGUAGAGAACUUUGGUGACACAAAAAAUGACGUCGCUAUACUGAGUUUGAAGGUACAACGAGACAGACACUUCAAAAUACAGGUGGUCGCCAUAUUAACUGUCUCACCAUCUUAUUUUAUAUAAACCUGAUCCAUAUGAACUGCUCCACAAAAGAAGCACGGUUUAUACUUUGACAAUACAGUUUAUGGCUCUUGAAUAUAGUACCUUUUUUCCUGGUUAGCGGCUAACUGAUAACCAGCAGCUGUGGGGUAUUGUGGCUAUCUAAUGUUAGCAUAUUCCCAGCUAGCAAGCAGUUAUCAGAUAGUUAACCACCAGGCUUAAUGCACCACUUGUUUCAAAGGGCCUGCAGGUGAAUUCCACUGUGACCCUACCUGUAUUCUCUGGGCACUAAGGCUGACAGUGAUUUUGGUUGCAAUCACUUUCCAUACAAGUUUUGUCUAAAUUUGUAUGUUUUUUUUCCCAAUUUCUCCCUUUUUGUGUGUUCUUUUAUGAACUCUAUCUAACAGCAGAAUUUCCUGCCUAGCUCCAGUUUGGUUUUCUUUUUGUUGGUGUGUUGUGAUAAUGAGGUUUUGGAGCAGCUUUGUCAGUCGGGUGAAAAUAACCCUGAUGAGUUUCUUUUAAAAAGUGAGGUUGUGAAAAAGGUUGUGGGAGUUUACCAGGCAGGUUAAAGUCUCUCACAGUGUGUCAUGCAAGUCUCAACUUUUUGGAUGUGCAAUACUUUAUCAAUCACUUACUCUCUAAAGAAUAAUUUAUGGAACUUUGAUAAAGAUGGGCUCAGAUCAAAGUAGCUGAUGUUUAUGUGUGCAUGUACAGUAUACAGUAUAUGCAGUCAACUCCAACCAAUGAAACACUAUAUACUCUGUAUUCAAAGAAAACUGUCAAGGGUUUCUUAGCCACACCAGACAAUCACCAUCUCCCUCUCUCUUCCUUUUUAUCUUGCUGUUUUCUCUUUCUUAUCUAUCUUUUAUCUGUAUCUUUGUUUCUUGGAAAAUCUACAGUAGAGAUUUUUCCUCUUUUCUCAGAGACAGUAUUUAUUCAUGGCCCAUGUCAUGAAACAAGAGUCAUGGAGACAUGCUGGGCUGCCUUCAUAGUGGGGUAAGAGUCUAUGUAGUCGUAUCUCACAGCCCAUCAGGACACAAACACCUUUGAUCAUCUGCAAGUGUUUUUGUUGCACUAUUUUUUCUCUAGAAUUUCUAUCAUGUAGCUCAGUGUAACAUAAGACAUGAAAAUAUAAUUUUAUUGUAAUCUGGUUUGUAUCUCUACAUGAAUAACUGUCACUUAUAAUUGACAUAAUACUGUUUAUUUUAAUGAAUAACUGUUUUGUACAAUUGAAAAAUCAGCCAUAUUCCUAUUAUACCAGUUGUCUGUUGGAAGGCCUGAACCAAUUAGAAUCCACAGAGAUUUUUCAUCAUCACACAAAACACUUUCUUGGACAUGAAACACACAUCUAAUGGAACAUUCCACCACUUAAGAAACUUUUUUUUUUUUUUUUUGGGCUACAUUCCCCAGAGUCAGAUGAGAAGAUUUAUUUCCCCUCAGUUUUAUCUCUCUGCAUACAGUGCAGGUCCAAAAUGCAUCUAGCCUAGCUUUGCACAAAGACUAGAUGCAAGGGGAAACUGUUCAAUUCCGAUCUUUUUUUCUUUUUUUAAAUUUAUUUUUAUUUUUUCUAUCGUGUAAUCACAUAAAAAAAAACUUUGCAGUUGAUGGUGUUCCUCUUUUUCUCUUUCGAUGUAGCUAGACUAUUUUUGACACACAUAGGUGGUAUCCAUAUCCUCAUGUUACUAUGGGUAACACAGCAAGCAAAUAUAUUUUCCAAAAUGUGGGAGCACAAAGACAGUAAAGCAACAAAUACUCACACCAGAGAUACUGAAAUAGCUAAUGUUUGGCUUUUGGAUUUAAUCAGUGACUUAAACCUACAAAUUUUCAAUAUUUUUGAUAUCAUCACUAAACAAAACCAGUCUGUAUAAAGUGAAAAGGUAGAGUGCAAGAAAUUCCAGUGAAUCAUAACCCAGGCUUUGCUCACCCUAUUAAUCUCUUUGAGCUCAUUUGUUUGAUGUUACUGUAUAGUUUAAGAUCAGCAUCCAUGGAAAGCCAUUUCUAAGCUUUAAGACGCUACCCGGCUAGCACCAGUUUGUAACUAUUGUGUACUGCCAUUACAUUAUUGUCACUGGGCUAACCAUCUGUUUUCUAGAUUUCUGGAAGACUAAACCAUCUAGUUUCCUAUCAUGUAUAGAUAUACAAUAUAUACAAAACAUAUGUGUAUUUUUCUUGCAUCAGUACCUAAAAAGUGUAAACAUUAAAAAAAAAAAAAAAAAGGAUUGUUGUAAGUGAAUUCACGCCACUUUUCGUUGGGUGCUUAUUUUUAGAGCACCUGGUGCUUAGCUCUUUAAAUGUAAUGGUAAUACAUAAAACCAGGGAUAGCAAAAAGACAGCAGACAAAGUUAGUGAUUUAUGAUGAAGCUUUAGAGCCAGAAUCUGAAUCUAAACUACAUCUGAAAGAAAAGUGAAUAUUGGACUCAUAUUGGUCAGGUGGACACAAACACAACUAGAUUAAUAUUAUGUUACUAAUGUGUCUGCUGAAUGUGGAAGUAGUUUAACCAUAAAAAUGUCAGCCAUCCAAAGCCAGUGAUAUGAAGUUGUUGCGUCUCUUUUAGGUUGUUUUUGUUUUUUCUGCCCUUUACUGCCCCCUAUAAAUGGACAAAUGCAGCUUUAACUGGUUCAUCAAUUGAUUAAUUUACUGUCCUCUGGUUAAAUCAUAAUUUGCAGUGGUAACUAAUAUUAAUGUUGGUGAUAAAUGGAAAUAUAUAUUGUAUAUUUGCAUUGUACCUAAGUAAAAGUGCCAUCCCGUGUUUGAAUUAAGUCAUUCUCCUUUGUAGCAAUAACAGACUUUCUUUCUUUUCCCAUCAAGAGAGAGGAGAAGAACACAGUGAAGGUCUAAUUCUGUUGCCCCUUCAAAUCUCUAUUUUUGUAAUAAUCACUAAAGCACUUAUGAAUAAGGACUCCAGGCAGGAACAUGCAAAAAGCAGCACUUUAAAUCAAGCUGUAAGUCCUCUCAUAGCUAAUGAAAUGGCCACCAAUGUCUCUGCUGCUUGAAAACAACAUCACACUGAAUAUUCAGGAUGCUAAAAAAUAAAUAAAUGAAUAAAGUCUGCUCAGAUGUGCAUUGCAACAGCUACUACACUAUCCUAGUAUAUUUAAAGGAAAAAGAGAACUGUAAAAAUGUAUAUGUUAAAGUAUAAAUAAAUGAAUAAACACGUAUAUACGUGUAUAUAUCCUUUUGGUCAUAUUCUACAUUGAUGCUGUCUAUUUUCGUAUGACUGUGCACUGUGUGAGUGUUCACAAUAUAUUUUAUCCCUCAGAUAAAUGUUGCUUCUUCAUGUUAUUUUACUGAAAUGAGGUAUAUUUCAUGUUAUUGUUCAAACUUACGAUUACAUUUUUAUACUGUGUUUUGUGAACAGUGACAUUCAUGUUUGUUAUGUUGAAAUUAUGUUCCUUACCCUGCUGUGUAUUCCACAUCUUUCCUGAAAUGAGCUUGUUCUGAGACUUAAGUCAUUAACUUUUCUAAACUGGUGGUUUUUAUCCUUUUUUCCCACUCAUGUGAUUUCUUUGCCUUUAGUGGAUCAUUUUGUAUGGUUGUUGUUCUUCUAUUCCAGUUCUUUUUAUAUUAUGCAUAUUUCUUUUUAAAAGCUCUCUUCUUUUCAACUUGAGUUCAAAAUGUGACCUUUUACACUGUAGAAAAAAAAAAUUUACAGCCUUUGAAUAAAAAACAUUGAAAGGACACAAAAAUGUGUCUCCACAAAUUGUCUCAUUCUUCUGU